GUUAUAUCCUUCAUACUAUACUCACUCCAUUCACACUUCAUCACAUUCACAUAAUCUUAACUCAAUCCAAUCCAGUCAAAUAUCCAAACAAAGCAAGAUGCAUUUCCUCUCCACCCUCGCCGUCACCCUUCUCCCUCUUCUCCCCCUCACCCACGCCAUCGGCUCCGCCGUCGUCCAGAACAACUGCACCUACCCCGUCUACCUCUGGUCUGUCGGUGGCUCCGUCGGCCCCAGCCAGACCAUUGCCUCCGGCUCCAGCUACAGCGAGACCUUCCACCGGGACGCGACGUCCGGUGGUAUUUCCCUGAAGAUCACCAAGACGCCGAAUGGGCUCUACGACGGCUCUCCCCAGACCAAUUACGCCUAUACACUGGAUACGGACACCAAUUUGGUCUACUAUGAUUUGUCGGAUGUCUUUGGAGACCCUUUCUCGGGGAGUGUGCUGAGCGUGGUGCCGAGUGAUUCCGGAUGUGGGAGAAUCUGUUGGGCCAAUGGGGUGCCUCCUGCAGGUAGCCAGGUGAAGAGCUGUCAGGCGAAUUCGAACGAGGUGUUGACGCUUUGUGCGAGAAGUUGUUAGUGUUAGGCUUGGGGUGAUAGGAGAGUGUAUGGAUGGGAGAUUGAUGUUGAGAUUGAAUAUUAGUAUUGUUGCUGCCUUUGGCUUUUGUGGAUUUUGUUGUUGGUAGUUGAAUGAUUGUUUUGAUGUAUGGCAUCGUCAGUCACCGUUUUUUUAAGCUGUUGCCAUCUGUCCGAGCACAACUGUAAAUGGCCUGGAUCACCAGGAGCCGAGAGCUGUACUCAUAUCGGCAGUAUUUCAUUCCGGAGACAAGAUUCCACGGCUGACAGCAGACAGUAUUAGAUGCUUUUUUGAAAUGACGACUUGAGUCGCAAAUGCUUGUGGAUAUUCGGAUCCAACAGGAUAAUAGACCAACUGUGGAUAUAUAACUGAGAAUAUCAAGUGUGUCUCUCUGAUUGAAUCACCGCUCUUGGUGAUCGGGCCUGCAUGCAGAUGUCUCCGUG